AUGGCAACAAUAACUAAAAUUGGUAAUCAAUUCUUUGUGUCUGGUAGCACAAUCGAAGGUGCUGCAUAUGCACGUCAUUUUGCUCAACAAUCAAUACAAGAUUUGGACAUGAUGUUAGUAGAAGGGAGAAUAAUCUCACCAUCUUGUAUUCUUAAAUUAAAAGAUGCCGUAGGAUUCGUUCAAGUUAAAUAUGACGAGAAUUAUAUUCAGCUAUCCAGUCACACACCUUUUUCAACGAAGUCAAAUCAAAACGGAAUAUUAUGUAUUAAUGGUUUGAAGAUGAAAGAAAAGUAUUGUGGAACAGAAUCGAUUUACUUUCUUCCAACCUCCACGAUUAUAACUACGGGUCAAACGGCGAUCAAUUCAGCAAGUGCAGAAGUCAAAUUUAAAUGUAAUUCAUCAUCAAUUACACUCGAUGAACAAUUUGAAAAUAUAUUAAAUUCCAUUCGACGAAUAAAAGCACAAGAGCAUAUCGAAUGUCUACAAUCAAAAUAUAUCUUAGUCUGUAAUACCUUUCUAAGGUCACUAUCACAAUUUGCACUACCUCUAAUAAGUACAAUUGCCGAAGCAGAAAAUCUGAAUUUACAAACAUUUAAAGAUCUUAUUAGUUUAACAUCACCUAUAUAUAAUAUACAAAUGCCACAAGUAAUUAAAGUUCGAUUAAAUGAUUUACUUGAAUUCUAUGAGAAAUAUAAGCAUCUUGGAAAUGAAUCUUUCUUGAAAGAGUACAUUGAAUAUGGACAAUUAUGUAUUAAUAAUGAAGCUGAUUUCGUUCCAGCUUUACAACUUGAUUUUUGGCCAGAUGAUAUUCAAUCGUUUCUGGAAAGAAUUCAUCGGCAUCGUCCACAAUUGUAUCAAUUAAUCAUUGAUACAACUUCAAUGCAUUUAAUACCAAAAUGGUCCGAAAAAACAGCAAAAAUCGAUGAAGAACUGGAAUUUCGAUAUUCAUUUUCUGAGAUCGAACGUACAUUAGCAAUGAAUCGUACACGAGUAGAACAAAUUCUCAAUGGCGUUGCAAGAAGUAUCUAUUAUAAAUAUUUAAAACAUCGAUCAUUAAUUCCAUCCUAUUUGAUCAAAACGACUGUAUUGUGGAUGUGUGAAUUAAGAAAUCUUAAUGAUCAAUUUACAGAUGAAGAUGACGAUCGAACUAUUGCUCUUGUCUUAGCUGAACAAUGGCUUGUAUAUGUUAAAGAGAUAUUAUCGAAUGGUGUCUGUAAACAUUAUUUUAUCGAUGAAAUGAAUCUCUUAGGAUCAUGUUCAACAGAAGCAUUACAAACCGCAAUAGAUAUUCUUGAACAUGGGGUGGAUUUGGAUGCUGAUGAGAAAAUUAAUAUAUUUAUUGAACAGAAGAAUUUGCUUAAUCAACAUCGACAUACAAUGGAGAAUUGGUUUGGUAAUAUGAAAGUGAAAGAUAUUUUAGAUGCAAUGAAUGAAUAUAAACUAUUGAAAGAGAACUGGUUAUGUCCAUCAAGAGAUUUUCAAGAUAAUGGCAGUGCCAUAGACUGUUUACAUGUUUUAAAUCUAUUACGAACAUUGGAUGGUCCUUAUCAACAAAAUUGGUCGACAUUUAAACGUUUAUUUCUGGAUACGAAUGAGACGAAUUGGUUGCCGUGUCUUUGGGGUGAAGCAGUUGAUGAUUGUUCACCAUCAGAUUUUGUUGAUAGUCUAGUUGGAUUAGGCAACAUGUUAAGUCAAAUUCAAACUGCUAUGGAAAAAGAAGAUUUCGAUGGAACAAUUAAUAUGGCGAUGAAUCAACAUGAAUUUUCUGGUGUACAGAAUAUUUUAAACGAUUUAAUUAAACCAUCGAAUAUGGUUCACAAUAAUUUAAUGACAUCCUGGUUACCAAUGUUGAUAGAGACAUAUUUCAAUGAAUUAUCAACGAGUACACUGUUCAAUGCUCGUGCACCAUUUCAACAUCGUUCCAUCAUUGAUAAUCAUCCUAAUGGACCACUUAGUAAUCUUUUAAAAAAUCUUUCAUUACCAUCGGAAUGGAAUUCAUCAAUGCGACAACCGUUUCUACAAUAUGGUCAACAUGUUUCAAACAAUUUUUUCGAUUUAUUAAAUAACGCUCCAGAUCAUGAUAUGACAAUUAAUGAUUUGAUUAAAUAUUAUGAACCACCAUUACAAACAAGUUCACAGUCUGUAACAACAUCAUCUAUUCCAAAACAAAUCAUUUCUCACGCAACAAAUUCCUCAUCAAUUAACAAAGAAGAGUUUACCUUAGUUAUUUUCGAUCCUGAUUUUGAUAUAAAAACUAUUGAAGAAGAUCAGUAUCGUUCAAUUAAUGAUUAUGUCUUAUUUUAUGCUGAAAAAUCUCAAUUACUUUCCUCUAUUCAAUCAAUCAAUGAAGAAAAAAUUCUUAUUAUUAUUUUUGAUCAAAUAUUCGAUCGAAACUUUCUUGAUCAAUUACAAAAUUUGAAUCAAGUCGAUUCAAUUUCUAUUUAUUCUAUUCAAGGAAAUUAUGAUGAGUCCAUCAAAAAUGAUUAUUCAAAACUUAUUGAUAUAUAUACAGAUAAAUUACUUUUAUUUGAACAACUACGAAUGAGAAUUAAACAACUAUCAACAUUAAUAUUUGGUUUUCAUAAUGUCGAACGAAUUUGUCCAACAUUUGAAAAAUUCUCCAAAGACAAUGGAAUCUUUUUUUGGAAUUUAUUAUUGAAAGAUUAUUUGAUGAUCAAUUCAUCUGCAGAUCAGAGUUUGUUAGUGGAAAAGUGUCGAGAAUAUUAUCGAGGAAACGCAGAUGAAAUGGAAAAUAUCGAACUAUUUGAAAAAACAUAUCGAUCAGAAAAUGCAUUCGAAUGGUAUUUAAAACAUUGUUUUCUUUCAAAACAAUUGAAUAAAGCAUUUCGAACUGCGGAUGUCGAACAAUUGAAAUUAUUUCGGUUUUUUAUUGAUGAUCUUUGUUCGAAUAUCAAAUCAACGAAUAUAGUUCAUCGUACAGUUAUUUUAUCUUUAGAUCAAUACGAAAUGUUGUUAAAAAACAUCGGACAAUUAAUGACAUUCAGUGGACUUUUAAUCAAUGAUACUAUAGAAACUGAAACAAUAUACAGUUCGAGUAAAACACAAGUUAUUGUUAAGUUUGAAGUAAAAAAUAUGAAUUCCAUUGAUUUAAAUAAUAUAUUUCAAUUGAAUUCAUUUGAAUUUGAUGACAAUCUUCAAUUAUGGAUCGCUCAUUUAAUGAUGAUCGAUAAUGGAAAUGAAAUUAAACAACAGUAUCUUUCGAUAAAACAACAAACAAUGGAAAAAAUGACAUUAUCAAUUAUAAUGGGUGAUUUGUUAUUCACCUUUCAGAAUUUAUCAAAAGUUCAAAAAUAUUUUGAAAAUCUACAAAAUGAAGAUGAUGCGCUAAUCUAUAAUUACUAUGGAAACAUAAAUUAUCUCAAAGGUGAAUAUGAUUUGGCAUUAGAAAAUUUUCAAAUAUCAUACGAAUUAAUGAUAAGUGAUGAACGUAUAAAAGAUACGGCAUUUCUUCUACAUGAUAUUGGAUAUGUUUAUGAUAUGAAAAAAGAUUAUAAGGAAGCAUAUGAUUAUCAUAUGAGAGCAUUAGAAAUUAGACAAAUAUAUUCUUCGGAAGACGAUAUACAAAUUGGUAUUAGUUUAUAUAAUAUUGGACGAACAUUAGUUACUAUGAAUAAUCAUGAUCAAGCGUUAAUUUAUCAUCAAAAAGCAUUAAAUAUAUGGGAGAAAAAAUUACCAUUCAAUCAUCAUUUAAUAGCACAAAGUUUACAUAGUCAUGGAGUUGUUUAUUUCAAUAAACGAGAUUAUACACAAGCAUCAUAUUAUUAUAAAAAAGCAUUGGAUUUGUAUGAGAAAAUAACACCUCGUGAUGAACAUGGUAUUCUUAUGAUUAAAAAUAUUUUAGAACAAAUUCAAGAUCUUACUGCUCAACAAUUAAUCACAUCAUAA